UGACGUAUUCGAAACCCGGAAGUGCGGGUUUACCAACAAGGACAGUAGUAGCUGCGUGCUCUCUGGACUUGUUAAAACUGGCAUGGCGGGGGCAGCGGCGGUGCUAAGGGCUCUCCGGACCCUGCGCCCCCGGACUCCGGCCGCGACCUCGUUCGUCCUCCCGCCGGCUUCAUGCCUGUUGUACCCGCCGUGGAGGGACUCUCCUGUCAGGACCCUGCAGCUGUGCUCCGCCUUAUGUGCCGGACACAACAAGUGGUCAAAGGUGAAGAACAUUAAAGGACCUAAAGAUGAGGCGAGGAGCAGGAUGUUUAAGAAGUUUAGUAUGAUGAUAAGGAUAGCUGUGAAAGAGGGCGGACCCAACCCAGAUAUGAAUAUAAACUUAGCCCACAUACUGGAGCAGUGCAAAAGCAGGAACAUGCCGAAGGCGUCUAUAGAGUCUGCAAUCAAGAGUGCGGAAAAGGCCAAAGGUGGGUCCCAGCACAUGUAUGAAGCUCGGGGGCCUGGUGGAUGUCUGCUGCUCAUCGAGUUGUUGACUGACAACUACUCACGCAGCCAGCAGGACAUAAAACGCCUGCUUAACAAGAAUGGGGGGAUGCCGUCAGAUGGAGCCCGCCACAACUUCAACAGGAAGGGGGUGGUGUUGGUGCAGGGGCAGAACAUCUCGACGGAGCGAGCUCUGGAGCUGGCCAUUGAGGCGGGAGCCGAAGAUGUCCAAGAGACUGAGGAUGAGGAUGAGCAGCCCCUCCUGCAGUUUACAUGUGAUAUAAUGGACGUGAAGAAGGUGCGUGCCUCGUUGGAGGGGCUGGGAAUGCAGAUUACGUCUGCUGGGUUGGAGUUUGUUCCUCGCACUGUUGCGUCUUUAGACCAGAAUCAGCUGGAUGCUGCUUCAACGCUAAUAGAAGCCCUCAAUGACUGUCCAGAUGUAGUUCGACUGUGGGACAACAUCCAGGUGGACAGCUGAGGACGCUUCCUGGACACUUGGUGGACACUGAAUAUCUUACAUGAGGAGUAUCGGAUUUCAUAGUGAAUGGAUUGGACAAUUUGUCAAAUAGGUCUUUAAAAGUUGUUUAAAAAAAGGUUAUAAGAGGUCCCUUUAUAUUGGAAAAUCAUUCAUAAGAUCCAAGAGAAAUUAAAAUGUUUUGUCAAAUUGAAUUUUCACUUUUACUAGGAAGGAAGCAAUGUUUACAAUCCAUUUAAAAUUAAUUCAAAUAUUUAAGGUCUCCCCCUAAGCAAACACACUCUGGAAACUAACUGAAUUGAAAACAAAAAUAAAAACUAAUGAAAAAUGAAAAA